UUUCUUUCCGCAUCUUCCCCUCCGUCCUCCAUCAGGUUUUCUCCGCCACUCCAUCACCUCGCCACUAUCAGCCGCGUCCGCCCCACUCCUUCCCUCCGCCAUUUCCGCCCGGCUUAUCUCACGAGUAGCCAGUAUUCAUUUUUCGCACACCGUUGACGUGAAUAGGAGGGUGGAAUAUAGUGGUUAGCUAUGGCGGCUUCGUCAUACUGGCGCGCAGCGGGGAUGACUUACCUCGCGUACGCGAAUCAGUGCGCGGCGCAUCUGCGGGCGUGCCUGAAGGAGCCGCUGAAGUCGCAGGCGAUCGCGCGCGAGCAGGUGCACUACAAGAUCGUGCAGUGGAAGAACGGCGUGCCGGAGAAGCCAGUGAUCCGGCAAGUGUCCGAGGCCGCGAAGUCGGCCUGAUCCACAUGCUGCAUCUCCCCAUGCUGCACUGCAGCGCUCUGCUAAGCUUCUGAGCUAAACCACGCCACGGUGCCCAAUUCAGGUUCAUCUGAUGUCUUCUGCCCUUAUCAAUGGCUGGGGAAUGCUCCCUCACUCAUGCAAAAAGUUCUUGACCACAUGCUGGACCACUUGCUGUGCCACAACCUUACGGGGAUCCUACAGACAAAGAUCGUACGGUACAUUUAGUUGAGCCUUUUUGCAAUUUGUGCCACGAUCAAGACAUCCCUGGCUGGCUGUUGAAGAUUGAGGAAUGCCCCUAGCUCAGUAGGAAGGAAUGCCCUUACUUCAGUAGUUGCUCUCGCUCAUCACUGGUGGGGACACAGCUGCUUCUGAGUGAAAUAAU